AUGUCGGAAAACGAUAAAGGCACAAAUGUCUUGGAAACCGAACAAACGCUGAAAGCAGACUCGAGCUCAACGGAGCCUGAGACUGGAGACAAUCAGAGCUCAUUUUCUUUUGUUGGGAUUUGGGAAAGCUUAAAGCAAAAAUUUACGACUUCUUCACCACACAUUGAGCGAAAUCGAGAAUUUUGGGAAGACUUUCGUAUUUUAAAAACAAAAGUGGAAAAUGACUCGAAAAACCAUGAAAAAAACCCUGAAAUCGCAAAAACUGCUCACGUUAGAUUAAGCAAAGAAUUGUGUGAUGAAGAAAGAAUUUUCAUUGCUGCGCGUAAAGCUCGAGCGCGUCAAUCGUUCGCUAAAUUUAUUGGUGUAGAUGUUGAUGAAAUCAACGAUGCCGAUAUUCCAAUCAUUGCUGUUACUGGCAGCGGUGGUGGGAUGAGAGCAAAUGUGGAUACUAUGGGAUUUGUACGUGGCAUGGAGAAGUCUGGAUUGUGGGAUAGCGUGACAUAUUUUACAGGCGUAUCUGGUGCAUGCUGGGCACUUGCAACUUAUUAUACAGUUGCAGAAGGAUCAGUAGAUGCUACGAUCGAACAUUUCAAACAGGCAUAUGUUAUUAAACCUUCAAGCACGAAAUUCUUUCAACUACUUUUCUCGUUAGAGAAUGGACUUGAUUUAACUUUUGGGGCAAUCGAAGAAAAGCGUAUAAAUAAAUUACUCACAAAUGCCACCGAUAUUUAUGGUGCAGUUCUUGGCGGAUAUUUUUUCAGAAAGGGCAAUGCAUUGAUUCCGAAACAUUUUAAACUCUCGCAACAAGCCAAAUUAUUGGAAAAUGGCGCCAAUCCAUUCCCCAUUUACACGACAAUUCGCCAUGAACGUCCAUGGGAAGAUUGCGAAGAAGCUUUCGAGAAAUGUGCGCCACAUAAUGUUGAGGAUAAUUACCAAGUCCUUUCAGCUCGUCAUGAAAAAGAUCUUGACAAGAAAAAAUCAUCGUACCAGUGGAUCGAAUUCACUCCUUACGAGAUUGGGUGUGACGACAUUAAUGCUUGGAUACCAAGUUGGGCUUUUGGGCGCUAUUUCAAUAAGGGAGUUAGCACUAAUAAUGUCCCAGAACGUAACUUCGCAUUAGAAUUGGGUUAUAUGACAUGCGCCCAAUGUGCACCAAUCGCACGUUAUGUGCACCUUGCUGAUAGGGAAUUGCCAAGUAAUUGGUUAGGCAAUGAGUUGAGAUCUUUUUCCUCAAAGGUUGGAAAAGUAUUGGGUGAACACGGAAUUGACAAAUUUGAAAGCCAUCAUCCUAUUCAUCCAGCGCAUGAACCCAAUCCAUUUUUGCUUGCUCGUGAUAAGCCUGAAUGUGGAAUUGACACUGCCAAACACAUUCACGUACUUGACUCUGGGAUGGAUAACAAUCAUCCGUGGUAUGUAGUAACUCGUCCAGAACGAGAGGUUGAUAUUAUUAUCACUAUUGAUGGCAGUAAGGAAACUAUGGAACCAACAUUUUUUGAUCGUAUGGCCAAACAAUUCUCUACUCGACGUGGACUUCUUUGGACCCCAGUUGAUCCUCCAGAGAAAGUUCAGUUUCCCGAGAAACUCGCCGACGACAUGCGAGGCAAACCUGAAUUAAUUGAAAAAACAUUUGCACCUGCUUACGCUCAAAUUUUCGACGGAAAACCAAUCAACGAUGCCGGAAAAGCAUUGUUAGGCGAUCGUGAUUUGACAUUAAUUUACAUGCCAAAUAUACCUCACAAGAAAUAUCCCAACUUUGAUCCACUUCAUGAAAAAGUCGUGGCCACAUCAAAUUUUGUCUUUCAGCCUGAGGAUAUAGAUAGCAUUAUUGGUGUUGGUGAAGCAUGUUGGGAUGAUAGUUUGGAAAAGAUUCGCUCAGUUAUCAAGAAUGUUUGGGAAAAGAAGAAAAGCAAACGAUUGUCGUCUGUAGCUAUUUAA